CACAAUCUUAUCCAUAACAUCAGUUCGAUUGGCGCCAUGUGUUUCUACUUCCGCUCGAUUGGAUCGGAGUUACAAGUGAAGAGGUGAGACCCGGAAUCGAGCGACCGUUCUGAAAUACUGCAACGCACGACGACGGCGGAGAUUCGAAUGGGAAACUCCGUUGAUCAUCCUCGAGCGGGAGAAUACGGAUUAUUUCGAGGAGCGACGAAGCUCGCGACGAGGCGGUGAUCAUGGUGAACGCGGGCAGUGCGGUGGCGCAUUUCGUGAAACUGCUGGUGACCGCGGUAUGCAUGAGGCAUCUUGCCGAGCCUUACCGGGCGAAGGUCUUGCCAACUACGUGGUGCCUGAGUGCUUUCCGCAUUCUCUUCAUGCACUCGAUCUUGGGAAUCUUCAGAUUUGGUGUACCAUUCACCUCGGCGUCGACACCCACAGCGAGAUGCUUUCGCAGUUUUUACGACUGGUACUCCUACAGCAUUGAAAUUGUUCCUCUGGCAUUAUUGACAUCUGGUAUAUUGAGCGCAUAUCAGAUAGAUGACAAUAUCCGUCUGCUGUUACUGUUUCUCGGUACAAUACCAAUAUUGUUUCCGUUCGCCGUAAAACAAAAGGAGAGUCAACUACGAAAAUUCCGUCUUCUAACCGACAUCGCUGUCGUGUUACAGAUACUUGCGAUCACGAUACUCGGCUUGCGAAACGACAAUUACAAUGAGGAGGACGAUCAGAAGAUGGCCGUGAUGCGCAAGGCCUUCCAGAUGUUCGACACGACGAAGAGCGGCUUCAUCGAAACCAUGAAGAUCUCGACGAUCUUGAACACGAUGGGCCAGCUGUUCGACGACGGCGAGCUGAACUCCCUGAUCGAGGAGAACGACCCUGAGGGCUUGGGCAAAGUGAACUUCGACGGCUUCUGCAAGAUCGCCGGUCGCUUCCUCGAGGAGGAGGACGCCGAGGCGAUGCAGGAGGAGCUGAAGGAGGCGUUCCGAUUGUACGAUCGCGAGGGUAACGGAUACAUCACCACGGCGACGCUGAAGGAGAUCCUGGCGGCGCUCGACGACAAGCUCACCAGCUCCGACCUCGACGGGAUCAUCGCGGAGAUCGACACCGACGGCUCCGGCACGGUGGACUUCGACGAAUUUAUGGAGAUGAUGACUGGAGAAUGAGCGUGCACUUUGGACGGUGGCAAUGAGCGGCUACGACGAGUCACGCUGGUGUCACGGCGGAUCUGCAUCGAUUGCUGGGGAAAAGAGAGAGAGGAGAAGUCAGUAUUUCCUAAUAAAAUAUUUAUACUUGCGCGGGGGAGAGAGAAAAGGAAA